AUGGGCGAGAGUACCAGCCCUAUCAGCGUGAUCCUGGUGAGCUCGGGCAGCCGCGGCAACAAGCUGCUCUUCCGCUUCCCCUUCCAGCGGGGCCCGGAGCACCCGGCCGCCCAGGCCGGUAAGCCAAGGAGCCGAUAUGCUGUGAAUAGCACUAAUGACAACACAGAAGACCAAGAUGGAGACUCCAGAUUUUCAGAUGUCAUCCUGGCAACAAUUUUGGCUACCAAAUCAGAUAUGUGUGGCAAAAAAUUUGAGCUGAAGAUUGAUAAUGUCCGUUUUGUUGGCCACCCUACCUUGCUGCAGCAUGCCCUCGGGCAGGUAUCCAAAACUGAUCCAUCACCAAAGAGAGAGAUGCCCACCAUGAUUCUCUUUAAUGUUGUAUUUGCCUUAAGGGCCAACGCAGAUCCAUCGGUGAUCAACUGUUUACACAACCUCUCUCGUCGAAUUGCCAUAGUUCUACAGCAUGAGGAGCGUCGUUGUCAGUACCUGACCAGAGAGGCCAAGCUGAUCCUAGCCAUUCAGGAUGAAGUGUCUGCCAUGUCAGAAACAGCAGAAGGUCCGCAAUCACCUUUCCAUCACAUUCUACCCAAGUGCAAGCUGGCCAGAGACCUCAAGGAGGCUUAUGACAGUCUUUGUACUACAGGGGUGGUGCGAUUGCACAUCAACAACUGGCUUGAAGUGAGUUUCUGUCUGCCUCAUAAAAUCCAUUAUGUUGCAACAAGCUUUAUACCUCCUGAAGCGAUUGAAAGAAGCCUGAAAGCUAUUAGGCCUUACCAUGCCUUAUUACUACUGAAUGAUGAGAAAUCGUUGCUUAAUGAGCUCCCAUUGGACUGUUCCCCGGCCCUGGUGAGAGUGAUUAAAACUACCUCUGCUGUGAAGAAUCUGCAGCAGCUGGCUCAGGAUGCUGACCUGGCAUUACUACAGGUUUUCCAGCUUGCUGCACAUCUGGUUUACUGGGGAAAAGCAAUUAUUGUCUAUCCACUGUGUGAAAACAACGUCUAUAUGCUGUCCCCCAAUGCCAGUGUUUGUCUUUACUCCCCUUUGGCAGAGGAAUUUUCAUGUCAGUUUCCUGGCCAUGAUUUGCCAUCUGUGCUUUCCAAGUUCUCUUUGCCAGUUUCCUUAUCAGAGUUCAAGAAUCCGCUAGCUCCGCCAGUACAGGAGACUCAGCUCAUACAGAUGGUGAUAUGGAUGCUCCAGCAUCGGCUUCUCAUCCAGCUCCACACAUAUGUCUGUUUGAUGGUGCCCCCGAAUGAGGAAGAUUUCCGAGCUCAAGAUGAAGACAUGCCCUUCACUGCCAGAGUUGGAAGCAGAAGUCUAAGCACUCCCAAUGCUCUCAGUUUCGGCUCCCCAACCAGUAGUGAUGAUAUGACUCUCACAAGCCCUAGUAUGGAUAAUUCCAGUGCUGAGCUGAUACCUGGUGGUGACUCUCCAUUGAAUAAACGGAUGACUGAGAACCUGCUAGCGAGCUUGUCUGAACACGAGCGGGAAGCUAUCCUCAAUGUCCCUGCUGCACAGAAUCCAGAGGAUCUACGCAUGUUUGCAAGGCUGCUGCACUAUUUCCGAGGACGGCACCAUUUGGAGGAGAUCAUGUAUAACGAGAACAUGCGCCGCUCCCAGCUAGUCAUGCUCUUUGACAAGUUUCGCAGCGUGCUGGUUGUGACCAAUCAUGAGGACCCUGUGAUUUCAGUCUUCCAGUCCCUCUUGAAGUGACUGUGUGGAGUGUGGGAGGGGAACUGCUCCUCUGUUUUCAGCUCCUUCAAUCUUAAUAUUUUGUUUAUAUAAAUGUUAAUACAGGAGCAGGGUAGCAGCAGCCAGAGGUUCUACCUUUGCCAUUGACCUUACCAGCGACCCUCAGCAAGUCACCCCUUCUCCCUCCCUUUCACCAUCUGGCUGGGGGAUGUAAACCCUGACCUGCUUGUGGACAGAGCUCUGCCCUCAAGAUGCAUGAGAGUGGGGAUAGAGAGGCACACACAAGUGAAGCUGUUCAGUCCAGCUAAUUCCAGUGUGCUGUGUCUUCCUGAAGUCCCUGCCACUGGGCUGGGGUUCCUUGCUCCCGGCGCAGGCUGUGUGGGUGGAGUUGAAGGAAGGUUUUACCUUGGUGUCGCUGAAUAAACAACACUCACUUUGACUGG